AUGGAGUGGGAACUCAACUUGCUGCUCUACCUGGCGCUCUUCUUCUUCCUGCUCUUCUUACUUUUCCUCCUGCUCUUCGUGGUCAUCAAGCAGCUGAAGAACUCCGUGGCCAACACGGCCGGGGCGCUCCAGCCCGGGCGCCUCUCAGUGCACCGCGAGCCUUGGGGCUUCUCUCGAGAGCAAGCCGUGUGACCCGAGUGCGGGCACUGGCGGGAGGGCAUAGAGCUGUGCGGGCACUGGGCUGGGUCUCCGCCUGGAUUCUCCCUCCUCGCGGCCUCCCAGCUUCCAGAGCCUAGAGCCUCUGCCCUUGACUGGUGCAUAGAGGACCACAGCUGCAAUGACAGUUUGGGCCUACCAAGAGAAGGCUGGAACAGGAGAGGGAAGCUUUCUGCAAAUGCAGCACCACUGGUAUCCAGAAGUUUAACCUGCCCAUGAUUCCUCCUAGACAGGAGACUAUCGAGAAGUCAGGCUGUUCAAAAUGACUUCAGAUCUUAUCAGGACAAUCUUGGUUGUUGCACUGAUUUCCGAACUUAUAAGUGCAAUGGAUCUACAGUUCUACUUGGCAAGACAACCACUUUAAGUUGAAUGAGAAUGACAUCACACUCACACCUGCAAAAUCUAAAAUGUCUAAUAAAGUAGAUUCCUAUGUCUGAACUUCAAUUUUAGGGCACAGCUGUAGAUGCAGAACUGAUGCCAUCUGGUGUGAUUCUACAGAAUAAGAGAGAAAAUUUACCCAGAGUGUGCCAUGCACUGGCUUUUCUGGGAAUGGCAAGGUGCCAGGAUUUGUUUUUGGUUCACUUGCAGGGGUGGAAGCUUGGAACUAGGUACAGAUUCUUCAAGCAAGAUGUCUUUUCCUUUCAGAUGAAAAUCACACUUUCCUCUUGGGAAUCAAGAUGAAUUGUUAUCUUGUUAAUCAAAUAGGAAGUUUUGGACUGAACAGUGGCUUAAGCAAAUUAGAGGCUUUGUUCUUUUCUCACAGAACAAGGAGGUUAGAGGCAGGCAGCUGCUGGUGUUGGUUUAGCAGCUCACGGGUGUCAGGCUUAAUUAAGGUGGCUGCCGAGGUUCCCUUGGCUUUUUCCUCUAGGUUCCAAGAUGGUCCCUGCAGCUCCCCACAAAAAGGAGGGAGCCCACAGAGAAAACAAGCCAUGCCAGUUCAAAUCCACUUCCUUGUAAAGAGAUUCCUCAGCACCCCAAUAACUUUUGCCUUCAUCUCAUUGGCCAGAACUGUGUCAUUGGCUACUGCUAUCUGCAAGAUUGUCUGAGAAAUGUAGGUUUUGUUGCUGGAUAUAUAGCUGCCUUUCACAAAAAUUUAGUUUCUCUUGAUAAGGAAGAAGAUGGUGGUGGAUCUUGGGAAGACAACUAACAGUUUAUGCCCUGGUUACAAAAUACAAUUGCAGAGGAGCAUAAAGUUCAAAAAUAUCAAAACGUAGUUUCUUCACAACUGGCAAAGCUCCAAGCAGCACUGCUUCCCUCUGAAAGAGUGAGCAGAGUGAAGGCAUAUCCGGUUUUCUCACAAAACACUUGACAGGACUGACCUUCUCUCUUAGCCAAUAUCCUUGUCACACAUCAGGAUUUUCUAGAGGGCUCUGGGUACCUGCACACUUCCUUGGUGACCAUAACCUCUUAAUGGAGGGUUAGUAUAAGAUAAAUAAUGUUCUACUGUGCUGUUCCCUCAUCUGCAUCAUUUCUCUCCUCCCUAAUUUUCCUGUCAGUUAUAUUUUGGUGGAGUCUGGGUUUGUGUAUUUGAUUCCUAUAAAAAGACCAUCACUUUCAUGCAUGGAGGAGGGGAAUCUUUGCAAAGAAAAUCUACCUUACUCCCUUCUGUGACUCUACCACCGAUCUAGGAAUAUCCUGGGAGAAGAACUGCCUCUCAAAACUGCUUCCAUAAGCAGCCUACAUCCUAGCUAAGCAAAGAAGAAACACUUCCCACAUCCAGGGCUGUCUAAAAGAACUUUCUGUGAUGACAGAGAUGUUCUAUAUCUGCAGUGUCCAAUAUGGUAACCACUAGCCACGUGUAGUGAGUGAACACUUGAAAUGCGGCUAUUGUGACUGAGGAAGUAAAAUUUAAAUUUUGUUUAAUUGUAAUUAAUUUAAAUUCCAAUAGCCAAAUGGGGCUACUGACUAUGAUAUUAGAUAGCACAGUACACUUUAUUCUCCUUCUUGUGUUGUAGAACCAGCUGGGAGACGUGUGGGCCAGUCAUGGGCUUGAUGUCCCAUGGUCUUCACUAUUCUACCUUGCCACUGAACUUGUCUCCCAGAGGAAAAGAAACAAUGGUAUUUGGAAUUAAAUUCAAGGUGUUAACCUGACAUCUAUAUAUUGCACAUAUUCCUGUAUAGUGAAUGGAAUGGUCUCCUGGGAAUAGGUUCUGUGAUUGACUUUAGUGAUAACUGGUCAUGAAGAAAUGGCCAUACUGCUCCACUUCACCUUCCUAGUGACUAUUAUGUGUUCCUAGUCAGAGUGACUCAGCAGACAUUAUUUUGCUCUCUUGUGCAAUUUAUUCUAUGUCAUUUUAUUUUUGUAAUAUUGUGGCAGCUAAAUGAUUGUUCUGUGUAUGUUUUUCAAAAUAUUAGGUGGCUUAUAUUUUUUAAAAUGUUAUGAAAUAAAAAUAAACUAUAUGUUAACACAGUU